AUGCCCUCCCACCAGACCACAGACCCCUCUCCAGCUCAGGGCAGCCCAGCCCUGAGGGAGAUGGAACCCAAGGAUCAGCAGUUCAUGGUAGCUCUUCGGAUCCGCCCACUCAACAGUACAGAACUGGAGGAAGGAGCCACUGUCAUUGCCCACAAAGUGGGGGACCAGGCGGUCGUGCUCAUGGACCCAGGCGAAGACCCGGAGGACACGCUUCGGGCGCACCGGUCCCGGGAGCGCACCUUUAUAUUCGACACCGUGUUUGACCAGCAUGCAUCGCAGGAAGCUGUUUAUCAUGCCACCAUUCAGCAUUUAGUGGAGGGUGUCAUCUCUGGAUACAAUGCGACAGUUUUUGCCUAUGGGCCCUCAGGUGCUGGGAAGACCCACACCAUGCUGGGCAUGGACGCAGAGCCUGGCAUCUACCUUCAGACCCUCACUGACCUCUUCCAGGCCAUCGAGAAGACCCAGGACAACAUGGAAUAUAGUGUAUCUAUGUCUUACCUGGAGAUUUAUAAUGAAGUCAUCCGUGACCUCCUGAAUCCGUCUUCUGGGUUUCUGGAGCUGAGAGAAGAUUCUAGAGGCAGUAUCCAAAUUGCAGGCAUCACGGAAGUAUCCACCUCAAAUGCUCAAGAGAUCAUGCAACUACUCACCAAAGGCAACCGGCAGCGUACACAGGAGCCCACAGCUACCAACAAGACUUCCUCCCGCUCCCAUGCUGUACUGCAGGUCACUGUGCACCAGAAAAGCCGAGGUGGCGACCUGGCAGAGGAGGUGCACCUCGGGAGGCUCUUCAUGGUGGACCUGGCAGGUGCAGAGCGUGCAGCCCAGACCCAGAACCGAGGCAAGAGGAUGAAAGAGGGUGCACACAUCAACCGCUCGCUGCUGGCGCUGGGCAACUGCAUCAAUGCCCUCAGCGAGAAGGGUGGCAGCCGAGCUCAGUAUGUGAACUUCCGUGACAGCAAACUCACGCGCCUGCUGAAGGAUGCCCUGGGAGGCAACAGCCGUACAGUGAUGAUCGCUCACAUCAGCCCGGCCAGCACCAGUUUUGAGGAAUCAAGAACCACACUGCUCUAUGCGUACAGGGCGAAGAACAUCAAGACGAGGGUCAAACGCAACCUGCUGAAUGUCUCCUACCGCAUCGCGCAGUACACUGACGUCAUCUCUGACCUGCGCAGGGAAAUCGAGCACCUCAAGUCAAAGAUUGAGAAGCAGGAUAAGGAGAAGAAAAGUGACCCCGGCGUCCUGGAUAUACAAGUCACAGUCCCCCAUGAUGCAGAGGAGGACAGUCAUCUACAGAUGAACAAGAUCCGGGCACAGCUUAUUGGGGCUUUCAAGGAGCAAAUGGAGAUGCGGCGCAGCCUGGUGGAGCUGGAGAAUACCAACAUUGAGCUGCACAUAGACAUGUCUCGCCACCUACUGACCAUUGCAGACUGGGAGCGAGAGAAGACCCACCCCCACGCAAACACGGACAACAAGAGUGAGAAGGACGAGGAGCCGGGGGAUGCUGACGGAGAGGAGGUCGGGGCUUCAGAGCCCCCGGAGGUGGCUCUGGCCAGAGAGGAGGUGAACCUGCUUCUGGCUGAGCAGCAGAAAACCGCAGCCCUCAAGGCUGGCCUAGAGCAGCGCCUGGCCCACGCCAAGCAGAAGGCCUCUCAGAUGGAGAAGCUGCUCCCCAGGCAGGUGACCAGUGAGGAUCAGCGGGAGGUGCUGCAGCUGCUGUGCAGGGCCCACGAGCUGGAGGUGGAGAACACAGAGCUGCAGGCCGACAACCUGUGCCGCAAGAACCUGCUGUGCCAGAAGGACUUCGUGAUCCAGCGCUACCACCAGCACCGGAUGCUGUGCGAGCAGGUCAUCCAGGGGCAGCGGCAGCUGAUGCAGGACAGUGGCAUUUCAGCCCCAGAACCUCUGGAGCAGCAAUACCAACUGUACCUCCGGGAACUGGGCGAGGGCACAUUGGACCGCCUGCUGCUGCAGCUCUCAGUGAUGUCCAGCUCGAUCCAAGAUGGCUCCAUUAUGAACAUAUCACCCCCACCGCCUGAAGAGACCAGUGGAGAGCCUCCGGGUGACAGGCGGGACCUCCCAUGGGGUGCCACAUUUGAGCUGCCUCAGAUGCUCCUAGAGAGAGACAGUGAUGGGAACAGGUCCUCAAAAAGCACUCCACUGUGGAGGCUUGGGAAGCAAGACUCUCUUCUCCCUCCGCCAGCCCUCCGCAUCCUGCUGACGCCUCCCAUGCUUGAGAAGCCGAAUACUCUUGGUGUAAAGAGCCUGGUCUCUAGACUGCCGCCCACAGCUGGUUUGGAGCUGAGACUGCCACAGUCAGCAGGAGAGAUGAACAGCCCCCCUCUGAGUGUCCAGGCCCUCAAGGAGAUGGCCCUGGGCACCAAGAGCAUCGCCCUCAUAGCAGCCAGCCGUCGCUGCAAAGUGUAUGACAAAGAGGGCAGCUGCUUAGACUCCAGGGACCCCAGCCCUGCAGACUGGAGGUGGCCCCAUGCCAGCCCCAGCAGGGACCGCUCUUUGGAGAGGAAGGCAGGGAGGAAAAGGUCACCCUCAUUCACCUGGAGCCUGCAACAAACGACAGAGAAACAUCAGCCCUCGACGGAACAUCCAUCUGAGAGCCAGCUGUCCCCAGCACACCUCCAGCCUCCAAAGCCGUCAGGGAAGAGCUUUUUCCCUGCUGUCCCUGUGGCCUCCAAGAUGAAACCCAGUCUCAGUUUUCACGCAGAUGAAAACACGCUUCAUGUGCCGGAGGUCAGCUUCACCUUCCCCAGUGCCAUGUGGCAGAGCAACGCAGCCCCUAACCGGCCACCCCUCCUGCCGCGUGACAUCCGAGGGUCUACAGACAGCAGAGGCCGGCGUCACAGCCCACUGCCCCCCAACAAUCCCCCCAAGCCUCAGGGUGGUAGUGCCAAGAGGCCAAGGCGUCCCAAGUAG